UUUAAUUGAUAAAAGUGUUGAAAUGAAUUUUUAUGAGUUAUUUUCAGAAGUUGAUGAUUACGGCAAAUACCAAAAGUUGAUGAUAUGGUUUGUCUUAUUUCCGGCACAAUUACCAUAUUUAUGUCAACUAUACUGUCAUCUGUUUAUGUCGAUAACACCCGACCAUUGGUGCCGAAUGUCAUUAUUAGAGUCGUUUAAUGUGACCGAACAGUUCAGUCGACACCUAUUUGUACCCAAAAAGGACAACAUUUUGCAUAGUCUUCAAUACGAACAAUGCUUUGUAUAUAAUAUUAGUUACGAUGCUUUAGUUGAACAUAGCGUUCAAAUCGGUUGGAUACCAAACCAAACCUGGCCUAUCACCCGGUGCUCUCAAGGAUGGAUAUACAACAGGACUUUUCUUGGAGAUGAUCACUCCAUUGUUACUAAGUGGGAUUUGGUGUGCGAUCGAGCUUUCCUUCAAAUGAUUCCUAUAAUUGCAUAUUUUUCGGGAAGUUUUACGGGUUUUAUCUUCGGUAAUAUAUUAACAACAAAAUUUGGAAUGAAAUUCACAUAUUUUUUCAUGUUAUGUAUUCAUUGUAUUUUUGGGACAAGUAUUGCAUUUAACAAUCAUUUCGAUAUAUUCUCAUUAAUGCGGUUUUGUGUCGGACUCAGUGUAUCUAACAUUGCUUUAAUACCUCGAUGUCUAUCUCUUGAGUUGACAUCACAUGAAAGAAGUGCCAAUACUUUAUUGUUAACUGAUUUUUGGCGUAAUUUCGGUGCUUUGCUUUUGGUUAUUAUCUCAUAUAUGAUUCGAGACUUUAAUCAUUUAACAGUUGCCAUAAGUGUGCCUUUUAUGGUAUUUAUUUUAUAUUAUUGGGUAUUUCCAGAGUCUCCUAAAUGGCUUAUAGUGAACGAGCGUAUAGAACAAGUCGAUAGAUUGGUCAGAGAUAUCGCUACAACUAAUGUCACAUUACUUUCUCCUGAUUUCAGUAUAACAUUGCGGAGAAGAAUCCAAAUUGAAUGCGCCCUUCAAAGUGAACUCAAGACAUCCCGGAGCCAACCAUUACUAAUGAAAUUACUGUUUUUGCCGAAUAUGCGCUUCAAAGUCAUAACUCUUUGCAUACUAUAUAUCACACAAUCUGUUACUGACAUCGGAUUCACUUACUAUGUCAUUGAAUUUUCAGAGAGUCGAGGAAAUGGUGACAUUUAUUUCCCAUUUUUGGUGGCAAUCAUUGCAAACUAUUUCGGUCUAUUGAUUGCAUGGAUAACUUUGAAAUAUUUUGGCCGCAAAUAUACUAUCAGUUUUGGCAAUAUAUUGUCCGCUUUUUUCAGUUUAAUGAGUGCUUUUGUCAAAAAUAAAGACAUUAAUCUAUGUCUCAUAUACUAUGCAUCGGCUAAAGUGUUUCAAUCAUCCUCUCAAAGCUGUUUACAAGUUUGGAGCCAUGAAUUGCUACCACUUUCUCAUUACUAUUCAGUGAUAACUUUUUGUGAAACUCUGUCUAAUUUAGCGUUAAUAUCGGUUCCAAUCGUUAUCUUUUAUGUAAGCUUUUCAAGUGUUACUCCUUUUUCUAGUUUAUUAAAUUGA